UAUCACUAUUAAUAAGUGGGAAGAAUUAUUAAUUGAUGAAGAGUUUGAAGAAGAACAAAAUGAUCUUGAUAUUGCUGAUAUUGAUUUUCUUGAUUCAGAAAUGCAUCUUGCUGAAAAUCAAGCUGCAAAAUAG